AGUGAAACUAAUAAUGAUAUGGAAAUGGGGGGCUUUCUUGAUCGAAAAGCAUAAGAAAAAAGUUAAUGAUGAGAUAAGGCAGAGGAAGCAGGAGAAAAAGCUUCGUGAUCAGUUGUCGACAAGAGAGGUAUCUUCAACUCCGUUAUCCGAUAAUAAUAUGAGUAAGAUUUCAGUCGGACCCCCUUGCCAAAAUAGUCAUAGGAAGAAAGGUGCAGAAAUAUCGUAUAACUGAUAGCUGAUGGGAUGAUGUCCAAUCCGGUACUCCUUACGAUGAAAUUUCAACCGAGGUCCCCCGCUAAAAUUCUUCCACAGUUUCUUUAGCACAGUUAUUCAAUAAGCGACGGGUGCUGAGCAUGGCGCAAUCGUGCUAUCCAGGAAGAGAUUUACUCUGGUAUUAUUAUGAAGAAGAAUUCUUGAAUCAGGAUAGAGCAACUACAC